AUGAACAACUAUGUACUGAAUGACGAGAUCGGCCAAGGUGCCUUUAGCACCAUUUACAAGGGCCGCUACCGCACCACUACCGAGUUUUACGCUAUUGCCUCCAUCGACAAGAAGCGGCGGGAGCGAGUCGUGAACUGCGUGCAGCUGCUGCGCUCCAUGCACCACGCGAACAUCAUCGAAUUCCACAACUGGUACGAAACAAACAACCACUUGUGGAUCAUUACAGAGUACUGCACCGGCGGAGACAUGAGUACGAUUCUUCGCUCCAACAUCGAUCUCACCAUUCAGGCGGUCCAGGCGUUUGGCCGUGAUGUCGCGAUGGGGCUCAUGUAUAUCCACAGCAAGGGCGUAGUCUACAACGAUUUGCAGACUCGCAAUCUUCUCAUGGACUCCGCAGCGAUGCUGCGCUUCCACGACUUUAGCUUGGCCUGCAACUUCCGCGACGCGGCGACGCGGCCGCUGGUCGGGACGCCACUGUACAUGGCCCCCGAGCUAUUCAUGUCGAAUCCCCCGUUGUGCUCGAUGGCAUCCGACUUGUGGUCGUUUGGUUGCGUGCUGCACGAGCUGGCGACAGGCAAGCCGCCUUUUGCCGCGUCGGAUCUCAAGACGCUACUGACCGACAUAUUGGCGAGUCCGGCGCCAACAGUUCCCGAUGCGCCGGAGUCCUUUCAGUUACUCCUGCGUGGCUUGCUGGAAAAGGACCCACUGAAGCGCUACACGUGGACAGAUGUUGCCCAAAGCAAAUUCUGGGAUGAGCCCUUACUGCUGCCGAGCAACGGAUUUCCAUCUCAGGUGGUGUGGGAAGACUACAAGUGUUCACGCUCCGGGUGCACCGCGAGUCAGCAGUGCUGGACGGAUGCUGAUGUGUGCGCGGCAGUGGCGCACGCUGUGGCGGCAGCGAAAUCAAACGCUUCGACGCAUAAUGUGGAGGAAAGGGAGCGAGCGGCGGCGACGUUGAACGUAGCGAAGGAGCUUGACUUCACUGCAAUCGCGUCGGAGCGAGCGGCGAUGCUGCUGGAACGACCACCUGACCGGGCACCGGAGUGUGCCACAAGCUCGGUAGAUCGUAGCAUGACCGCGCGCAGCAGCGCGGCGCACGGCUGCGCAUCCACGACCUCAAUGGUGUCGACUGUCACAAACACCAACGGCUCUUCGACAACCGUCGCUUCCGCUCGCCGCAGUCGUCUCACCGAAUCGAAAAACACUGGUGGUGGCCCACAGCGGCGCCGCGUGAGCAAGGGUCGCAGCGCCGCAAGCUGUCGUGCAUCUGGCGCUGCCAGCGUGGCGUACGAAGGCGGCCGCGCCACGUACGCCGCCAACUUUGGGGCCAAGGAAGACCGCCCGACGGAGGAGAGCUUGCGUCUCUUCGCGGGUGGGGCGCUACGCCACCUCCCAAUCAGCGACCUUCUCACCCAUCACACGGAUCAGCACAUUCGCCCUCUGAGUAACAAUAGCCGCAUCGAAUACACGCCAGAGCCGUCGUAUGACGUCACCACGCUUGGCUUCACGGCACUGACGGCAGCGGAGAUCAAUAGCCUGACGGGAAAAGAACACACGGCGUUUUUCCGCUCCCUCUACCUCUCUCUCUCCAACAUGAGUAGGGGCUACAAGCACGUGCUGAAUGCCAUGAAUUACGUCAUGUCGCUCUGCGGUGAUGCCGAGGUGGCGCGUGCCUCGGUUAACAGCUCCGUGAUGCGGCUCUGCGUAAAGCAUGCUGCUCGAAAGGAUGCGCCUGCGACCUUUCGCGCAGCAGCGGCGCUUAUCAUGGGACUUCUGGUGCGCACAACGGCCUUUAUAACGUCGGAGGUGGCCUCGUCGUCGAUCCUGCCAGACAUAAUGCAGUUGUUUGAAGACGAAACCGAUGUGCUAGUGAAGCGCAAGCUGAUUGCCUGCAUCGGCGAGUUUCUUUUCUACAUCACUGUCCAGCAGGAGAGACAGCGCACCAUGUGGAACGUGAAGCCAGCAACAGUGAAGCGCAUCUACGCCUCGGCAUUAGACGCCGACGACGAUGUACUGAAGCACUAUGCAGCAAAGAUGAUCGAGAACAUGGCAUCCACCACGCAGAAGGAGAUGACGCUGGAGCUUUUUGCCGACCCCCUCUUUGUGGAGAAACUGCUGGCCGUGUUCGCCCUUCCGUCGGUGGAGGGUCGCAGCGAGGACAUGCGCUCCGACGCGGCGUGCGCAGCAUUUAAGCUCGGUAUGAUGAAGGACGAGUUGAUCCUGGUUGUCAUGCAGUCGAAGUGGUUGCAGGUGACAUCGUACGCGACGGUGACGCAGCGAUCCACCGUCCCACACACGAUGCAGAUGAUGCUCACGUUUCUCAACUACGCCAUCGUGAAGGGGAUGGUGACGCUACAGAGCCCGUUUGCUCGAUUGUGGUCGCAGGUCUCUCCUGGAUCGCGCAGCAGCAAUGGCCGCCAAAGCUCUCUGUUCACGUCCUCGCUCAGCGUUGACGAUGCGGAGGAGGUUGUGGGGAACGUGUUAUUCGUGAGUGAGGACUUGCUGCAGCGUCUGGGCGAGGCGAUCGAGCAGGCGUCGGUUGCUGUCUGCGGCAAAAUACUUCUCUUCGUGAUGCUCAUCGGCUGUGUUGGCGGGAGCGCCAUCUGCCAUAUUCUCAGCAGCCGCAUCGUCGCCUUCGUUGAUCGUCUUGUUCGUGACACAGACUCGUACGUGAAGCACUGCGGCGCAGCCAUGUUAGCCUUCCUUGGCUGGUUUGUUUCGGAGAAGCUCGCGAGUAUUGCUCGGCGAGUGUCGUCGACCACGACGCCGACGCACCUCGCCUCCCUUCAGCAGCUGCUGAACAACUCCGCCGUGCGCAGCGGCAUUAACUUUCAAAAGGACGUUUUUCAGAGCCUCUCGACCUGUAUUGACAAGGCCAUGAGUAACUCUCUCUACGGCACCUAUAAAGACGAGUUCAACAGCAUCGCCGACCGCUUCGUUGAGAGCCCCGAGGUGGUGCUGCACUAUGAGGAGAACCUCUGCCUUUACCUCGCCACCUCCUACGCCGAAAUGUUGCGGCGCAAGGAGGCGAGCGGCCGCUUCACUGCGAUUCGUUUCCUGACGUCUGUCAUGGUGCCCAUCUCGGCCGAGGUGACGGCAACGCGCAAGGAGAGCAGUUACGCCUCGUCGGCUGCGCGCCAUGUACUGAACGCGGUGGUGCCGAAUGUUGAAUCCCUCUUGCACGAAACAAGCCCGAUCCCCACAAACACGAUGCGACUCCUCGUCACGUGCGGCGAGAUGGCGCAGGGCAAACUAUCCAGCCUCGUAUCAGAGGGGUUGCUAGGCUAUAUAAUGGACUAUGUGAAUGACAGGGCUGACAAGGACGAUAUGUACUACCCACUCUCUUUCAUUCACCUCUGCCUGCUGGUGUGUCAGCGGGCCAGCGUCUUCAACCAUGUUAUGCGCGAGGGACUGUGCGCGCUUGCCCUUCAGGUACUUGCGUCAGCUUCAACGAGCAGAAAUGAGCAGCUGAUUGAAAUGUCCUGCAGUCUUUUGGCAGUGAUCGUGCGGCGCGUUGCGGGUGACUCAUCCUCACAGGUGACGGUGCAGUGCGCUAACUGUGUGGAGAAGGACUCGAUCAGCUCCAUUUUACUACCAAUUUGUGCAGACACGUCCAACAGUAUCGCUCUGAUGGAAUCUGCCGCAUCUGUGAUAGAGGACUUUGUCCGUCUCUCGUCGGUGGCUCGCAGCGACCUCACCUCAGCAACCACACUUGUCAUGUGGGCAGGGGCCUUGUCCAGUGCGCUUCUGACAUCAAAGAAGAGCACCGUGGCCAUGAGUCUGCUGACAGCCCUGAGUACGUCGUGUGAGUUCACCUCGCGCGACGUUAUCCAGGCGCUCAGGUGCAAUCCGCGGCUUAUGUCAGUGUUGAACAGCGCCGCGGACUCCACGCACCUGCGUCUCAUCGCCAAUGAGGCAAGCAGGAUUCUGAAGCAACUCUCCUAG